AAUGGGCUGCAAGAUAUCAACAGAAUUUUGUUCGGACAAUCCAGUUGGUUCAAUUUCAACAAGUAAAGUUCAUCCUACAGAUCUCUCAACACCAUCCUAUGCAAUAAAACCCGUUGAGUUCUACGAAGAACCAUUAAAAGACGACCAAUUAUUCUACAAGGUGGCACUCGCAAAAAAAGAGUAUAGGGAAAAGGAAAAGGACAAAAAAGAGCAAUUGAGUUCAAAUCGACGUGUUUCUCUGCAGGUUGAACCGAAUAAGCUGCCAAUUCCACUCACGAGGUCUUCAUCGUUGAGCUCUAUCAUGGAAAAUCGACCACCGAGUGGGAUAUCAAAUUCAUCGUUCAUCCGUUCAAGAAAUACCGCAUCUCGUCGCUUUACAAUUGACACGUCACGGGCAAAAUCAAAUCAAUAUGUGGUUUCACUGUGUUCUAAGAAAAUAGGAAUAAUUGAAUAUCCGGAUGGACGUUCAGAUAAACAACCAUGUGAUGUUUAUUGGCAUAAUGUUGUACUUUCGGAUAUGAACAAAAUUGUUACUUCACCACAGUCAAGGGUUAAUAAAUUCCCAGGUAUGACCGAAUUGGCGAAGAAAAUAUCAUUAACUCAUUCAAUAUCAUCUAUGCAAAAAUUGUUUCCUGACGAAUAUGCAUUCUAUCCAAAUUCAUGGUUUCUACCAGCUCAUCUGGCUGAUUUUCACGCGUUCUAUCGAAAAGCUCAAGCAUUGGGAAAAACUGAAAUGUGGUUUAUUGUGAAGCCUGACGAAGGAGCACAAGGAACUGGAAUAUACUUAAUUAAUAGCCCAAAUCAAAUCAGAAAUGUUGAUCAGAGACAAUUGGUUCAAGAGUAUGUAGCUGAUCCAUUAUUGAUGAAUGAUAAAUUGAAGUUCGAUUUUCGAGUAUACGGAGUUAUAAAAAGCAUCAAUCCCUUGUCUAUUUAUGUUGCUCGCGAAGGAAUGGCCCGGUUUUGCACAGAAAAAUAUGAAAAACCUGAUUCGUCUAAUUUCAAGAAUCUUUAUGCUCAUUUAACAAAUUAUUCACUGAAUAAGGCAAAUGAAGCAUAUGUUCAUAGCAAUACACUUCAAGAUCAAACAAGAGGAAGUAAACGUCUUCUCUCUACUGUAUUCCAUCAAUUAGAAUCUCGAGGUGUCAAAACAAAACGCUUAUGGCAUGACAUCAAACUUAUUCUUGUAAAAACCACUCUAGCAAUGCUUCCAGAAAUCAUGCUUCACUAUGAACAUCAUUUUUAUGAUUCAACGGGUCCUCAAUGCUUUCAGAUAAUGGGAUUUGAUGUAAUGAUUCGGGAAGAUGGUACCCCAAUUCUUCUCGAAGUAAAUGCAGCACCAUCUCUAACAGCUGACCAUAUUGUUCCACAUCCUGGACGUACACUUUUGGAGGGUGGACAACGUGUGAGAAGUAUUGUCGACGAGGUUAUAAAAAUUCCACUGGUUAGAGACACUUUACUUUUGGUAUUGGGACUCAUGGAAGAAGAGUAUCAAAAUAAUAGCCUAAAAGGGGAAACAAAAUCACUGGAUGAUAUGCAGACAAUCAAACAGAGGCGGAAGCCACAUUUGAGUGAGAUUUUCCCAACUCGUUAUGGAGCUCAUAGUGGACAUUUGCUCUUUCUUGACAAAGCCAUGUAUAUUUACAUGCAGUUUGUACAACUUCGAAGUAAUGUUAACAUAACGAACGCUGGUUUGAAGCAAUUUGUUAGGAAGUGCAAUUUGAUAGAUAUUAUACCAGUUGUGCAUGUGGAUGCAAAAGUUUCAGAAAUAAAUUAUUAUUUCACUGGAGAGAAAAGAACAAAUGGAAAUGGUCUCCCAUUCCACGCCUUUCUAAUGUUUUUGUUUUUCAUUGCUGAAAAGAAGUUUGUGUUAGAAAAUGAUUUAUUAUCAAAAGUGCAGAGACUUUUAUCUUUUUGCGAUAUGAGUUUAAGACGUUAUGGAGUUCGAUCAGCAAGGUUAAGAAGAGCUGAAGUUGAUUCAACUAUUGGAAAUGUUGAAAUUUAUAUGCUACCUUCUCGUAUGGCGAGAAAUCGAUCUGGAACAAAUGGACGGAAGCAAAACUUCACCGAUGACAAUAACAACCCGAACAGUUUUGCGCAUUUACCAAAAAUCAACGAGCGACUUUAGGUUAAUAAAUUAAUUUUUUCUGAAUUGUACAAUAAAAUUUGAUUCUCAA